AUGUUUGCCACAGUAUGUGCCAACAAUGUCAACAGAAGCGUUGCUGUCCAUGAGAUUCUUCACGCCGCAGGGUUACGCGUGUGUUCCUAUGGUGCAGGUCGUCAGGUGAUAUUUCCUGGUCGAACAAGCUCCGACUUGCGCACGUUCAGAUUCCUUACACCGUACACGACCAUGUACAACGCUCUUAAGAAAGAGAAUGCUGCAUUGUUCAGAGAGAAUGGCGUGCUCGAGAUCCUUGAACGGGACAUCUCAAUCAAGAAAGCGCCUGAGCGUUGGCAGAAUCUUAGCAAAAAGCAGCUUGCUAGUAUCAACAUUGUCAUCUGUCUAGACCACGCCAUGUUCCUCACGGUGUUGGAAGAUAUUCAAAAGAGGAUUCAAUCGCAUGAUACAAUCAAGCAGCUUCAUCUCAUUUGCCUAGAUACAAAGGAUACACCAGAGGACGCCAUGACCGGUGGUAAACGUGUACUACAUUUGUGUCACAAGCUGAACGUUCCAUUGGAUGAACUCACGGAGGAAUAUGUCAAGUCAGUAGUAGAGGAGUUUGAGAAGGAACAUCACCAGCAAUUGUAUUAUUUAGGGUUUCAUAUGUAA